AUGACUCCAUCCAACAACGUUUCUCUUCAUCCUUCUCUGCAUUUCGAACAGCAACAACAAGAACGAUCGAAAUCAAAUCUAAAACCUCAACUCGUUCGAACUUGUAGCGAUCAUCAUCCUACCAACCAACUUGUCAAAAUUCAACUCUGGGAUUUGAUCAUUCCUCAUCAUGAUUCUUUCCAACCAUUAUUCGAUCAUGUUAACAAUUCUCAAACUCCUUUCCAUCGUGAUUCUUUUCAACCUUGGUGUUACCAAUUACUUCGAUUCAAAAUGUCUCCUCAUACUCCUUCAUGCCCUCCAUCAUUGAGUCGCCUUCUCAAUGGUACCUCUUUUUCAUGUCAUUUCCAUCAUGUUCAUUCCUUUCAUGGAAAUUUCAAUUCUUCACACAACCACACGUGUUGGAAUUCUUCGAACUCAACGAAUACCAACACCAACACCAUACCUUCAAACUCAACAAGUUCCAUCUCCUUUCAAUCUCCCUAUGAUGUGAAAAUUUCAUAUUCUCUUCAUUGUAUUUUGAUUAGUGAUUAUUUGGAUCGAUCGAUUCAUGUAUUUGAAUUAAAUUCGAAACAAUAUCGAUCGACAUUGCGAAUGCAAUUGCAUAAUCCAAAAUUUUUAUGUAUUGCCGAGUCGUAUACGACAAGAAUGGAAAAGUCAGGGAAAUUUCAUUCGAGAGAUUUGGAAGAUGCCUUAAUAAUGGAUGUUGGAAGAGGAAGAAUUCGAAUGUUUGAUUUGAGAAGAUUACUGACACGUCAUGCAAAAUCAGUGCUAAAUAAUGAGCACGUUCAUGUUGAAACAAGAACAUUUUCACAACAUGAUGCCUUGGAUGGAAAUGAGAAUUCUAGCCCAAACUAUAUAUGGCAAUCCAAUGAUUUUAAAUUUCCAAGAGGAAUUCAAGUUUCGAUGGAAAUUGGUCACGUGUUUUUGAGUCGAAUUGAAAUUUCAAGACCUCAUGCUGUGGACUUGUUGAUUUCACAUGACGCGAAGAAUUCUUUUCAGAAUCUGACUCUUGUCGUGAGUAGCGAUCAGGAUGGAAUUCAAAUCUUGACUCAGUCUCUACAUGACCAUUCAAAUUCCUCCAAUCUCCAAUUCAUGAACUCUUCUUGGAUUCGUUCAUCCAUUCGAUUUGAAGAAGAACGAUUACCAGACGACGAUGAUUAUGGUCCCAUUCAUCCAUUUUCACUUGUAGUGGAUAAAGUUGGUAAUCCAAUGACAACAGAAAAGCAUGUCGUUGUGAGUGAUAGUUAUCAUCACAGAAUGAAAGUUUAUUCUCUUCAUACUGGAAAGCUUGUGAAAACUUUUGGAAAAUUUGGAGAAGGACCAUCGAAUGAAUUUAAAUGCACUUUUGGAUUGUGUUUGAAUGAGUGGAGUGGAGAAUUGUUGGUAUGUGAUUAA